UACAUACCCAGACCUAUUGUCGUAUGUUAGUGCGUUGUAUUUACAUUUGUCAAUUUUUGUAAUUAUUAAUUUGUACAUUAUUGUGGGUUGUAUUUAACAGACAGAAUAUUUUAAUAAGAGGCGUAUUAUAACAUCCAGAAGAAGAAGAAGACCAAUCAAUGGACGACAUGUCAGAAAUAAAGAAAGAGAUUCAACGUGUUCAAGGAGAUCUGAAGGCAUUAUACGAAAAAAAACAACAGUUAGAGCAAGAAAAUGAAAUCGACCGUAUUCCAAGUGAUGGCGAUCAAAACAGAUCGCUUAUGGGACUAUUUGAUCCGCCUCGUAAAUGUAUAAAACCGGACCAAAUCGAGACGAUAUUAUUUGUAAAAAUGAGACAGGAAUUGGACGAAACGAACACGUACUACAAACUACCCGUUAUUCAUGUACUUCGCCGUCAGCUAAACUCGUUGGUCAGUGGCGUUUACGACAAAGAACAGAAAAUCGAAGAUUUUCUAUAUUGGUACGUGGUCGAUAAUUCUGUAAAGGAUUUCAAUUUAUUUAAGAACUAUUUACUCAACCUGUACGGCAACCGUUUAAGUGUAACGUAUACCGAUAUUGUUUUGAACUUCGAACCAUCUAACACCGGGAAUACAGUGAUAUACGAUGUAGUGUGCACUGCAAUUGAAAAAUUUUUCGACAGACCGCAUAUUAUCAGGGCCGACGUGAAAGUGCUCCACAAAUUAUUUACACCUGGCUAUGAUGAGUCGAUCGUUAUCGAUGCGCCCACGUCUGAUACUCUGAGGGAUGUGUAUCGUUAUGUCAAAGAGUCGUACGAUACACGGAACCGUCCGACCCGCCACGCCAACGAAUAAAUUUAAAAUUGAAGUAAUAACACACUUGUUAAUCAAUAAAAUCUAUAUAAAUGCUACUUAUAUUGUUUGUAGGUUAUCUAAUACAUAGGUAAAAAAAUUAAAGUUAAAGUGACCAUAAUUUAGUCGUAUUUUCUAUGGCCAUAAAACUAAUACUUAUUAAAACUAAACAAUAUUAAAUACCUAUUUAUUUUAUUAAUAGUUAAAAUCAUUAUGCACAUAAUCAUAUUAACUAUAUGUUUUAAGCUAAAACACAUUUAUGGUUUUCAGGUAAAAAAUUAUAGUUGCUCUGACAAAAUAAUACGAAUAACACAUAAUAUUCCUUUGUUCAUCUUUAUACCGAAUACUGAUCAGUUACUUAAGCGCGAGGGGCAGCUUGGUAGGUUGUUUUCAUUUGAUUCCAUACAAGGGUAAUUGAAAUUCUCGUAAAUAUUUCAACUAAUUCAAUUAAACUAUAAUAUAGUUAUUAAAUACAGGGCCUAUUAUAUUAGCAAGCUAGCUAACUAUAUUAUUUAAAAUAGAAACAAUAUAGGUAAGUAUAGGACACUAUAGGUACAUUUUAAUAUUAUAUUAUAUACUUGAUAUUUUAUUUUUGUUUCAUC